UGGAUGCGACUUUUACUACAAUAUUGCCACAGUUCGCAUUCGUUCGGAAGUUCCUCUACAAACUGCAAUACUAAGAGAUGUGGAUGAUUCCAUGCCGAUUAGCCCCGAAGUUGCUCGUGAUUUAAGAGAAACCACCAAACCCACUCUUGGCCGACAUUCCAACAAAUUUAUUCUUGUUCCUGGGGACAAGGUUGUAGCAGUUGGCCGCUAUCAUACGGAGGGGUAUGAUCUUAUGGUCGCUCCCGGCAUAUUUAGUGCCGAUUGUUGCCGUCUUGAUUGCAAGGAGCUCUUCAGAGCGAAUUGUAAAAUUACUAAGUCUGGAAUUGGGGGACCACUUCUUAAUCUCGAUGGAGAGGUCAUUGGAAUUAAUUUUAUUGGCCGUCUAUGUACUCCAUUUUUGCCCAUGAAUAUAGUAUCCAGAUGGUGGACACAUUUUAAAAGACAUGGGCAAUUUUGUCGGCCGUGGAUUAGAGUGGAAACAGCAAACUUAUUUUCUGGACGUGUAGAUGUGCUGGAACAUAUCGUCCGAAAGUUUCCUAACUUUUCGAAAGGCGUGAUUGUUGAGAAGGUUGAACAAGGUUCUCCUGCUGAUAUUGCUGGAAUAAACCCAAAUGAUGUAAUUGUCCAAUGCGAUGGAAAGAAAGUUAAGAAUUUUUUGGGGUUAUUCAAAAAAUUUUACAAGAAGGUUGGGCAAGCCGUAGAGCUCGAGGUGAUCCGACCGCAUGAUGGUGCACAUCUUACUGUUUCUGUUUUUGUCAGCGAGUGUACGCUAGUGAACCGGUGGCCGUUACUAAGGGGCUCACCAAAUUUGGAAGAAAAGACGUCAAGGAUAGAUAUUUCUGUCAUUGUAUUGACAUUAGUUUUUUUGGGUUUAUUUUGUUGACAUUAUUCCCGUUUUGUUUUAUUUUGUGGACGUUAUUAUUA